AUCUUGUUCUGUAUAGUUGCUUUCGAUUCGUUUUCUAGCGCUCCGUUUGUGGCCCUUCGGGAACAGUCUACGCGUGACUUCGGUAGUGAAAGGUUUGAAACGACGAUACAGCAACACAACUACCAUGGCUAGUGGAAAGAUUGCCCUCGUUAGUGUAUCGGACAAGUCCGGAUUGGUGGAGUUCGCUAAGGGACUAAAUGAGCUCGGCCUAAAGCUGGUAGCUAGCGGUGGCACAGCGAAAGCGAUCCGUGAUCAAGGUAUCCCGGUGCGCGAUGUUUCCGAGGUUACCGGAGCGCCCGAAAUGUUGGGUGGUCGCGUGAAAACUCUUCACCCCGCCGUGCAUGCCGGCAUUCUGGCCCGUAUGAACGAAUCCGACCAGCGGGACAUUCGCCAGCACAACUUCGAGCUGGCCCAGAUCGUCGUGUGCAAUCUGUAUCCGUUUGGGUUGACCAUCUCCAAGCAGGGCGUAUCGGUAGCGGAUGCGGUAGAACAGAUUGACAUUGGUGGGGUAACGUUGCUGCGUGCCGCUGCCAAAAAUCACGACCGUGUCACGGUACUUUGCGAUCCGAAGGACUACCCGAAGAUAUUGGACGAGAUUCGCCAGCACGGCGAUACGAAAAAGACCACCCGGCAGCAGUUGGCACUGAAAGCGUUCACACACACCGCCGAAUACGACACGCUCAUUUCGGACUACUUCCGCAAGCAGUACUCGUCAGGUGUGUCCCAGCUAAAUCUACGGUACGGUAUGAACCCGCACCAAAAACCGGCACAGAUCUUUACCACGCUCGAACGGUUGCCGCUGAAGGUAGUGAAUGCGGCACCGGGCUUUAUUAAUCUGUGUGACGCCCUAAACGGUUGGCAGCUGGUCCGUGAACUGAAGCGAGCGCUCGGCCUUCCGGCAGCUACCAGCUUCAAGCACGUUUCGCCGGCCGGUGCUGCGGUCGGUGUGCCACUCACCCUCGAACAGGCCAAACUCUGCAUGGUGGACGAUAUGUACGACAGUCUAACACCGCUAGCUACGGCCUAUGCCCGUGCCCGUGGUGCCGAUCGUAUGUCCUCGUUCGGGGACUUUGUCGCCCUGUCCGAUACGUGCGAUCUGGCCACGGCCAAAAUUAUCUCGCGCGAAGUCUCAGACGGCAUUAUUGCACCCGGCUACACGGAAGAAGCCCUCAGCGUACUGUGCAAAAAGAAGAACGGUUCCUACUGCGUACUGCAGAUCGAUCCCACCUACGAACCGGGUCCGGUCGAGCGUAAAACACUGUUCGGAUUGCAACUCGAACAGCGCCGUAACGAUGCUGACGUCAACAAGGCACUGUUUACGAACAUUGUAACCCAGAACAAAACGCUACCGGAAGGUGCGGUACGUGAUCUGAUCGUGGCCACGAUCGCACUCAAGUACACGCAAAGUAAUUCCGUCUGUUACGCCAAAGACGGACAGGUGGUAGGAAUUGGGGCAGGCCAGCAGUCACGCAUCCACUGUACGCGUCUCGCGGGCGAUAAGGCCGACAAUUGGUGGCUGCGGCAGCAUCCACGCGUUACCGGCAUGCAGUUCCGGGCGGGAGUAAAGCGGGCAGAAAUUUCGAACGCAAUCGACAACUACGUGAAUGGGACGGUUGGCAAGGACAUGCCGGUAGCACAGUUUGAAGCGAUGCUGCAAACGGUACCGGCACCGCUGACGGCGUCCGACAAGGAACAGUGGACACGGCAGCUAACGGGCGUUUCGCUCGGUUCGGACGCAUUUUUCCCCUUCCGGGACAAUGUGGAUCGGGCAAAGCUGAGCGGCGUGUCGUACAUUGCUAGCCCGGCCGGUUCGACGAACGAUGCGGGCGUGAUCGAGGCCUGCAACGAGCACGGUAUCGUGAUGGUGCACACGAAUUUGCGCCUGUUCCACCAUUAGAAACAUUUAGAGAGGAUUUUUAA